AAAUUAGAAGACUAAAACGGGUCUGAGUGACUUAAGGAAGACGACUAUACUGGACAAAAACAGUUUUUAAAUACAGCUGCAACUCAGAAAUGAAACCACUAGAUCACCAAUCAGAUGGACAUGAAUCAAGAUCUGAAACGAUAAUACUUCUACGCCGACGGCGAAUGACCUUGAAAGGUGAUUUCAAUUUUUGGCAACAUCCUAACAAAAGUCAACUCCCUAAACCACUAAGCCACAGCCGGUUUUUACAACAAGUCGUUAUUAUUAUCAUUAUUAUUGUUUGUCUCUUGGAUUCCCGAUGGAACAUAAGGCUUCAGUUGCAUGUUUCCACUUCACUCUCUUCCCUGCAGUCUUUUCAACCUGGAUCCACCACUGUCCACAAGCUUUCAUUUAUUCCUCACAUAAUCUCCUACAUGUCACCCUCGGCACCGACACCCAACUCGUCGUUUCCGUUUUUGGUUCCACUCGUAGGCCUGGCCUGACUUAUGAUGUCCCCGUAUGGUUUUCUGUGUGUACCCAAUCCAAUCCAUCUCCACUUUC